UACAAUUACAACCAUGGCAGCAAUGUUUUUGCUAAGCGGACUUCUGAACGUUUUUAAUGAGCCAAACACUAGCGAAAACUAACAAAUGGCUGAACCCGGUGAACUUCCCUUAAACCCCAUGGGUUCCCUCGUGGCGCCGGUUCAUGGAUCCGAGACCGGUCAUUCAGCUGCCGGGAAGCGCCACCGGGAGGAAUAUCCUCCGGGGGUGAUGUCGCCAGUGGGCGAUGGAGAUGAGUCGGCAUCGAAGCGGCUGGCCAAGGGCCAAGACGUGCUGUUCCGAAUCGUUGUUCCGUCGAGACAGAUCGGCAAGGUCAUUGGUAAAGAGGGUUGCAGAAUACAGAAGAUUCGUGAGGAGACCAAAGCCACUAUCAAAAUCGCCGACGCUGUAGCGCGACAUGAAGAAAGAGUGAUUAUUGUAAACUCUAAGGAUAGUGACAACUCGGUUUCAGAUGCUGAGAAUGCUCUGCAGCAAAUUGGGAGUUUGAUUCUGAAGGAGGAUGAUAGCAGGGCAGAGGCAUCCAAAGUUGGGGCAGGACAUGUGGCUGCGAAUACAAUAAGGCUUUUGAUCGCAGGGUCGCAAGCAGGUUCUUUAAUUGGGAUGUCUGGUCAGAAUAUCGAGAAAUUAAGGAACUCAUCUGGUGCUUCCAUUACCAUUCUCGCUCAGAAUCAGCUGCCUUUGUGUGCUUCUGCUCAUGAAUCUGAUCGAGUUGUACAAGUAUCAGGUGAUGUUUCUGCAGUUUUGAAGGCUUUAGAGGAGAUAGGUUGCCAACUAAGGGAAAACCCACCUAGACAAGUGAUAUCUAUCAGCCCAGCUUAUAACUAUACUACAGCCCGACCGCAUCAACCUUACAUGGACCCAACGCCAACCAAUCUUGCAGCUGAUUAUGUGACCCUCGAGAUGGUGAUAUCAGAAACCCUGGUUGGUGGUUUGAUUGGAAGGUGCGGCUCCAACAUAUCAAGGAUUAGGAAUGAAUCUGGAGCAAAAAUCAAGGUUUAUGGUGGGAAAGGUGAACAACAUCAGAGACAAAUUCAGUUUGGUGGUAGCACCCAACAGGUUGCACUGGCCAAGCAGAGAGUUGAUGAAUACAUAUAUUCUCAGUUGAUCCAACAAGCUGGUGGUCAACAAGCAGCGUAAUCACCCCCUGAAAAUAACAACAAUACUGAGGCAAUGAUCUUGGUGCGCAUUGCUAAGCUAAUAGGUAAAUCUUCUGAGACAAUGAAAGCUGAUCAUUCAGAAUUUCUUCUACCCCUGUAACUUACCACCAAAAAUUCAGUUGAUGUAUACUUCUGGAUUAUCCUUCUGUAGUUGUUCAAGUCCAGCAAUGCAGUUUGCUGGCCGAUGUUCAUUCGGCCUCGACAUUGAAGUUCCAGAUUUGUGAAAUUAGUUGUUACAUCAUGAUAUUGUACUUGAAAACAUUCUUUGCCUUUUAAGCAUCAUUCUAUCACAUAGGGUAAUGCACGACAAGUUUGUCGUGAUAGAUCUAUGCAGCCAAACAACUAAUUGUACGAUGUGUUACUCAUUUAAAGAGACAACAAAUGAGCAAAAGGAAACUGACCUGAGGGUGCUGUUGGAGUAUCUA